GGCAUGUCGGGGCAGAAGCGUCCUGCAGACCCCAUCGGCCCUUCAUCGUCCUCUGGUGUGCACCCGGAGAAGCGAAGGGAGCGGGAUGGAGACGACCCAAGUCCCGGUGUCAGUGCUGCGGCUGCCGGUGGGAGCACAGCGGUGGAGACGGUCAUCAAACUCGGAGGGGUUUCCAACUCGGAAGAGCAAGAUAUCAAAGCUCUCCAGGCUAAGAACCGGAAACUGGGAGAAUCUUUGGAUCAAAGACAGGGGAUUGAAGAUGAAUUGCGAGAGCGAAUUGAGAGACUGGAGACCCGCCAGGCCACGGAUGACGCAAGUUUGCUUAUCCUCAAUAGAUACUGGAACCAGCUUGAUGAAAAUAUUAAGCUUUUCAUCCGACUUUAUGACCAAUCAGCCAGCGAACCAGAGAAGUCUCCUACAGGAGAGGGAAGGAACUUGAAACCGGAAACCCCCGAACCUGAUGGAGAUUCAAAUCAGGAGAGAGCCAAGGACAGAGGACACCAGGGUGAGACGUCCAACUCUUUCCUGGCCACCCUGGCCAGCAGCACCAGUGAAGAGAUGGAAGCAGAGCUCCAGGAAAGGGUGCAGUCCAGCCAAACACAGGCUUCUCGUAUUGUAGAGGUCUAUAAGUGUCUGAAAAGUACGGUGGACCAACUAAAGGCAGACAUGGACUCUGGAAUUGCUGGGCGUUUGAACCAUGUAGCUUCCAAAAUAAACACACUGCUGACCAGUGAAAAUGAGCGUCUUCAACAGCUGUCGGAGGAUCUCAAACAGAAACACAGUCACAUGACCAGCGAGUGCCGACCUCUCAGCCGCGCAGCAAACAAGGCGGACCAGCGUGUCAGCGAGCUGCAAGUUCUGAGUGAAGAGCUUCAGUGGGAUAUGGAGAAGAUCCGUCGUCGAGAAAAUCGCCUCAAUGCGCACAUGAGUGAGAUACUGGAAAGAGUGAACAGCAAAGGUUAUAAAGUGUGUGGAGAAGCCAGUAGCGUAUGUGGAACCAUCACGAUCAACAAGAGAAAGUUUGAGGAAAUGAACAGUGAACUGGAAGAGAACCAGGAGCUGGCAGACAAUCGUCUCAUCGAGCUUCAGAAGCUCCAGCAGGACCUGCAGAAUGUGCUGCAGGAGAACAACAACAUGAAGACUGAGCUGCUGAGUCGAGCGGAAGGCAUGGUUAAGGAUACGUCUGAGUAUCGCUGUCUGCAGUCUCAGUUUUCUGUCCUCUACAACGAGUCGCUGAUCCUCAAAGCCCAGUUAGACGAAACACGUGCCCGUCUCAACACAACCAGGACGGCACGACUUCGACAGCUGGAGCAUAUGGAGAACGACGAAGUGACUCUGCAGAGGAAGGUUCGCACCGAGGUCUUUCAGUUGGAAGAUACCCUUGCUCAAGUCAGGAAGGAGUACGAAAUGCUGCGCAUUGAAUUUGAACAGACACUUGCUGCCAACGAGCAGGCAGGCCCUAUAAACCGAGAGAUGAGGCAUCUGAUCAGCACCCUGCAAACUCACAACCAGCAGAUGAAAGGGGAGGUUGUGAAAUUCAAGCUGAGGCUGAGGGAGACGCAAGCAGAACUCAACCAGAUUCGUAUUUCAAAGGGAAGCGCCAUCUUGCAAACUCAGUCGAGCACGGAGAUAGACGUGAAGGAGGAGACGACAUCUCCUACGACACCAGCUGCUUCAGGGGAGUCAGCGGUCAAGUCAGAACCUUCUGAAGACUCUUCUACGCCAAACAGCACUGGAAUCUCUGUGAAAGCUGAACCGGGUGUCGAUCCUGAGCUGCCGCUGAAGGAGGAGGAGAAAGACGAGAAAAAAGAAAAAGAAGAAAAGAAAGAAAAGGAAAUUAAAAAAGAAGAAAAAGAGCGUGAGAGGGAAAAGGAAAGAGAAAGGCCAACCCGGAGUGGCCCUGCCAGCAGUGGAGUUAAGGAAGAAAAGGAUAAAGCGGGAAGUGGCAACCAACCUGAGGAGUCAUCGGGGGAACGUCUAUCUGCAGCUGGAGGGCCAAAGAGGAAAGAGAUGGAGCAGCUGAAAAUCGUCAAAGUGGAACUUAAGAAAGCUCAAGAGUCCCAGAGGGAGAUGAAGCUGCUCUUAGACAUGUAUCGUUCAGCACCAAAGGAGCAGAGGGACAAAGUGCAGCUUAUGGCAGCAGAGAAGAAGGCCAAGUCAGAGUCAGAGGAGCUUCGUCAGAGACUGAGGGAGCUGGAGGAGCGGGAGAGGAGGGAGGGCAAAAAAAUGGCCGACGAGGAAGCCCUAAGAAAGAUUCGCUCCGUGGAGGAGCAGAUCGACAUCCUCAACAAAAAGCUGUCGAUAGCCAAACAGGAGGAGGAUGCCUUGCUGAGCGAGAUGGACGUGACAGGACAGGCCUUUGAGGACAUGCAAGAACAAAACAUCCGCCUGAUGCAGCAGCUGCGGGAAAAGGAUGAUGCCAACUUUAAGCUGAUGAGCGAGCGCAUCAAGUCUAACCAGAUUCACAAGCUACUGAAAGAGGAGAAGGAGGAGUUGUCAGAUCAACUGCUCACUUUAAAAACACAGGUGGAUGCCCAACUGCAGGUGGUGAGGAAGCUCGAGGAGAAGGAGCGCCUCCUGCAGGGCACCAUCAGCACUGCUGAGAGAGAGUUGACGUUGAGGACACAAGCACUGGACAUGAAUAAACGCAAGGCUCAAGAGUCAACGUUGUUGUCAGAAGAGGCGCGAACUCAGCUAGAGCAGGUUCAGCAGAGGCUCGUCGUGGUCCGAGAGGAGGUGGUGGAGAACAGCAUCUCCAGGGAGAAGGAGUCGUUCAACUCUCGAAGAGCACAGGAGGAUAUCUCUAAACUGAGGAGAAAAAUUGAAAAGGCAAAGAAACCGGCCGAGAAAAUUAGCAACGGAGACGAAAUCCUAAAUGAAGAAAUUAGCGAGUACAAGGCUCGACUAACGUGUCCCUGUUGCAACUCGCGGGUGAAGGACGCUGUCCUGACAAAGUGCUUCCACGUCUUCUGCUUCGAGUGCGUUAAAACGCGCUACGACACACGCCAGCGGAAAUGCCCCAAGUGCAACGCUGCGUUCGGAGCCAACGACUUCCAUCGCAUUUACAUCGGCUAG